UUCGUGAGGGAGUAUAUAAAAGGAAUAUUGAUUGCGGUACAGUAGUUUUCGCCAUUGAUUCACACAACGCUAAAAGCAUGGUCAAUUAUGCAACUGCACCCGUUCUAGAGAAGCAAUAAACCAGCUUACUAUUAUAUUCGGAAAGUAUUCUACUUGUCGACAUCGCUGCAGCUGCGAAAUCUGAUGGAUCGGCGCAACAAAUCCACCACCACUAACUCCGCCCCCGCCGCCGCCGCCGCAAAUGCUAAGUCACUUCACUGCAUAGUCAAGCUCGGGGGUUCUGCAAUUACUUGUAAAAAUGACUUGGAGACAAUAAAUGAGGAUAAUCUUAGUGUCGUUUCAUCACAACUGAGGCAAGGAAUGAUUUCGGGACCAUGUCAUGGGAUGGAUUGGAGCAGGAGGCCCGGGUCCACAGAAAUCCAAACUGUAGCUGAUGAAUUAGAUGAUAAACUAGAAUCAGACUGCAGACGUCUUAUAGUUGUCCAUGGCGCAGGUUCUUUUGGCCACUUUCAAGCAAGCAGGUCAGGAGUUCAUAAGGGCGGAUUAAGCAAACCUCUUGUCAAGGCUGGUUUCGUUGCAACACGAAUAUCUGUCACUACCCUUAAUCUUGAAAUUGUCAGAGCACUAGCAAAAGAAGGUAUUCCCUCUAUUGGAAUGUCUCCAUUUUCAUGUGGCUGGUCAACUUGCGAAAGAAAUAUAGCUGUAGCAGAUACCUCAACAGUGGUUAAAGCUUUAGAUGCUGGAUUUGUACCUGUUUUGCAUGGGGAUGCUGUUUUGGAUACUUCACGGGGUUGCACUAUAUUAAGUGGAGACGUAAUUAUUAGUCAUCUGGCAGAACACUUAAGACCUGACUAUGUGGUGUUUCUUACAGAUGUUUUUGGGGUGUAUGACCGCCCACCAACAGAACCCAGUGCAGUGCUUCUUAGGGAAAUUGCUGUGCAUGAGGAUGGGAGCUGGUCAGUGCGGCAACCUAAACUGCAAGACGUGAGUAGGCAAGUUGAAAUAACAAUAGCAGCACAUGAUACAACUGGAGGCAUGGUGACCAAAAUAACAGAAGCGGCUAUGAUUGCCAAAUUGGGAAUUGAUGUCUAUAUAGUGAAGGCAGCAACGGAGCACUCAGCGAGGGCUCUAAAGGGACAACUCCCAAAAAAUAUACCGGAUGAUUGGCUUGGGACAGUCAUACGCCUCGCCAACUAGUAUAGAAACAGUACAACAUAAACAUCGUUGUUGCUUGUUAAACCACUUUGUAUUGCUCACAUUCAUUUUCAUAUCUAACUUACUGAGCUUAUGAGAAGGCAAGUCCCAUAACCAA